AUGCCUUGCGUCCCGCUUGGGUACUAUCAGUGCCCGAUGCAGGCCAACCAAGUAGACUGUGGUGUCUACGUUUGCAUCUACGCAUCUGAGCUGGUUGCCCGUGGCUUCGCUAAUCUGGACGAUGGGCUGCCAGCCUUGCCCUAUGGUGAUGGCCUUUUCCGGAGGGGGAUGCGUGCGGACAUAGUCGAACAUGCACUCAAGCGGUUGAUCCCAACCCUGGAGAGGUCUGGAGUUAUGGUGCCCCACCAAGAUCCGCCGCUCAGCAAGCGCGUGAACAAGCCAGUGUCUCCGGAGCUGGCCGAAAUCGACGCGAAGCUGCGUGAUGCUGUCGGCGACAUCCACAACAUCACCUGCCGCGUGGGGUACUGUGAGAAAGACAUCGCCAAGCUCGAGCUCCUGGUGGAGAGUCUCACCAACGACUUGUCCACCACCCGCGACGAGCUCACCGCGUUGUCUGCGCAAGUUGCAGCCUUACCAGCACCGCCGCAGCAGGGGCGUAUUGGAGGAGAGGGCGGACCCAGCGCGAGAACCGACGACCCUGCCACCCAGCAAAUUCUGGCGCCGACUGCGCAACUCGAGCAGCAAGGGGAUUCUCAUCAGAUUCAAGCGGCCCACGGCGUUAUCAGCGGGCUUAUGCCCGGUACGACCGGCGAUGCAUUGACCUCGUCUCGUUGCGGUGCGCGCGGUGGAGCUCUGUCUGCCCCUUCGGAGGAUCACUCUGGGUGUAUGGGCCCGCCGCCACCGCCAUCACACUCUGUCGGGGGAGUGGUUGGAUCGGGGGAGUACGUGGGUGUUAGGCACCUCCCAGACGGAACUUGGCAAGCGAAGAUUGUCCCUGAGCCCGGGUCAUCAAGGACGCUGAUUCUUGGCCACUUCCAAGACCAGCAGCAAGCGGCCCGCGCGUUCGCUGCAGCUGCAGCCGUGCUCAGGCGGAGCAAGCCUCCCCGGGGUCGUGUGUGGCAGCUCACCGGCGAGGAGAUGGACCUGCUGGAUGGCUGCACGGCCGACAUCGUGCGGCAGCUCACUACCGCACGCGUCUGGGGGCGGUGGGAAAGGUGGCGCGUCGAGCUUGCUUCCCUCGGUGGUGCCAACCCCGCCCCUACACCCCCCGCUGUCGUGGCAGCAGCGCCAACCGCACCCGCAGCUGCUCCAACUACACUUGCCCCGGCGAAUGUAGGCAUCGCCACUCCUGCCGUGGCUCUUGCACCUGCACAGCCCACCCCUCCCGGUGGAGCUACUGCUAUGCACGUCGCAACAACUCCUGUGCCUGCGGGGGUUACUCCCGCCCCACCAGCCCAUUCUACGCAAGCCACAUUGACCAACCCCCCUGUGCAGGCCGAUGUGGUGGCGUUUGCCUCGCUGUCGUUGCCAGAGAGCGACGAGGGGGAUGUGGGCAACAACGCGACAACCCACCCGCCAGGUAUUGAUUAG